ACACAAUACAACAUUCGCGACGACAACAACAAAAACUUAACAAUUUUCCGACAUUUAAAGAAUAAAAUCAUGUUUGGGGCCACACAAUCAUCGAAUCGCAUGAACGAUUUCGAGGUGGCAUCGCCGCCCGACGACUCUGUUUCGGCAUUGGAGUUCAGCCCAAGCACAUUGCCUUCCAAAAACUUCCUGAUUGCCGGCAGCUGGGACAGCAGCGUACGUUGUUGGGAGGUGGAACAGAAUGGAGCAACAGUGCCAAAAUCGAUAAAAUCAAUGGGCGGACCAGUGCUCGAUGUGUGCUGGUCUGACGAUGGUACGAAAGUGUUUAUGGCGUCCUGCGAUAAGCAAGUAAAGCUCUGGGACUUGGGAUCGGAUCAAGUAAUGCAAGUGGCGGCUCACGAUGGGCCAGUAAAAACAUGUCACAUGGUAAAGGGGCCGAACUGGGAUAAAACAUUGAAGUUUUGGGAUACCCGAUCGCCUAACCCAAUGAUGGCAAUUAACUUACCUGAACGCUGCUAUUGUGCGGAUGGGGAGUAUCCCAUGGCCGUUGUGGGCACUGCAUCGCGGGGCCUAAUCAUAUACUCGUUGCAGAACACUCCUAUCGAGUACAAGCGGCAGGAGAGUCCAUUGAAAUAUCAGCAUCGCACCAUAUCGAUUUUUAGGGAUAAGAAAAAAGAGCCCACUGGAUACGCUUUGGGCAGUAUUGAGGGUCGCGUGGCCAUCCAAUACGUGAACCCGGCUAAUCCCAAAGAUAACUUCACGUUCAAGUGUCAUCGCUCCACAAGCACCUCUGGCUUCCAGGACAUUUACGCCGUAAACGACAUAGCAUUCCACCCGGUGCAUGGCACUCUGGUCACAGUCGGCUCUGAUGGCACAUUCAGCUUCUGGGAUAAGGACGCCCGUACUAAGCUCAAGUCUAGCAAUGCCAUGGAUCAGUCUAUAACCAAGUGCGGAUUUAAUUCGAAUGGCCAAAUAUUCGCUUACGCGGUUUGAUACGAUUGGUCAAAGGGCCAUGAGUACUUCAAUCCAGGAAAGAAGACACAAAUUUUCUUGCGCUCGUGCUACGAGGAAUUAAAGCCAAGGAUCAAUUGAUUGGAGGCUUGUUUUAGUUUGGAGUUAAUCGACAGUAUGAACUGCGAAUAAAAUUAAUUCAGAGC